CCAGUCACUCAGUCAGUUGCAACAACACGCUCACCGAGGUCGGCAGCACAAAGCCGAGCUGCUCUCUUACAGGCUUGCACACACGCGCGCACACACACAUACCUUCGCCACACACACACACACACACACACACACACACACACACACACACAUGCUGAGACACUCGACACACACCUCCUCAGCGACACCCGGGAAGCUGAAGCAAAGCUGACGAGAGAAAGGAAGGAAGGUAGGAAGGAAAGAGGAGAAAAAAGACCAGUGAGAAGAAGAUAAGAGAAGAAGAAGUGAAGGAGGAAGAAGAGAAAAAGACGCUAACAGGAAAUAAAGACACGUUUUGGGAAAACAUUAGCCAGGUGAGAGGGAGCUAAACAAUCGUUGCCAUGGUAAGCUGCCAGCAGGAGCCCAAACACACCUGAUGAUGCAGGUUGUCAAAUUGAAGAGCUCCCUCCUGAGGCCCCCUGCUGACUGAUAACAAGCACAACUCAGUGCAAAUCUGGGAGCUUCAUGAGUGUGUGCACAUAACCUCCACUCCACCGCUGUGUGUGUGUGUGUGUUUGUGUGUGUGGCACCAUGCUGUGGACGGUGCUACUAGCGCUGCUGGUGCUUCUGCUGCUGCAGACUCAGCUGUCUCUGUGCUUAAGGGAAUUACGCACAGGGGGUUCCAGCUCCCCUGCUUACUCCUCUUCAUCAUCGUCUUCCUCCUCCUCUUACAAUGCCACCCAGCAGCGGCUACCCGGAGCCAUUAUUAUUGGCGUGCGUAAAGGCGGCACCAGAGCCCUGCUGGAGAUGCUCAACCUGCACCCAGAUGUGGAGGUUGCAAAGGCUGAGGUGCACUACUUCAACAUGGAGGAGCACUACCACCGAGGCCUGGCCUGGUACCGAGCCCAGAUGCCCUUCACCCUCCCUGGUCAGCUGACAGUGGAGAAGACCCCUGGCUACUUUGCAGCUCCUCAGGUUCCUGAACGUGUCUGGGACAUGAAUCCCGCCGUCCGCUUGUUACUAAUUGUCCGGGACCCAGCUGAACGACUGGUCUCCGACUACACCCAGGUCCUCCACAACCGCCUGACCCGCCAUAAGCCCUACCAAACGUUAGAGGAGCUCCUGCUCAACAAGGGCCACAUCGACACUGGGUACAAGGCGCUGCAGAGGAGCCUGUACCACCAGCAUUUGGCCCACUGGCUGGAGGUCUUCCCUCGGGAGCAGAUCCACGUAGUGGAUGGCGAUGCACUUAUUCGGGAUCCUUUCCCUGAGCUGAGAAAGGCAGAGAGGUUUCUGGACCUGUCACCCAGGAUCAGCCCCAACAACUUCUACUACAACACCACCAAGGGCUUCUACUGCCUCCUGUCUGCCGGACACGACAAGUGCCUGGACGAGUCUAAAGGCAGGCCACAUGCGCCCCUGAGCACCCAGGCCUUUAAGAAGCUGUGCCGGUACUUCAGGAAGCCCAACAAGUUGUUCUUUGAAAUGGUGGGCAGGUCGUUUUCCUGGUGCUGAUCAGUGGUGAACAGCAACUGUGGAGAUGCCAACACAUUCAGGGACUCAGAGGGAGAAAGAAAAACUGUUGUUUUUGUGUUUUUGUAAUUAGAUGAUUGGAAAGAUUUGAUUUCUAUUAAAGUCAUAAACAUCCCUUGUUGUUGAUACCUACUCAGGUAUAAAUGUGGCCAACAAGAGCGACACAAUAUGUGUGUGAAGAUAUUUGGCCAACGAAACAAAACUUUUACUAUGACCAUGCUGGUGCCUCACUGGAUAAACUCACUUGACGAAGCUAUGACAACCGUGCCAUACACAAGUUUGAAAAUGAAAACACAACUAACUGCUUGUUAGUGCUCUUUUGUGGGGUGUUAAAAGAAAAACUGUGCAGACUUUCAAGUGAUGUAGAAAUAGACAAGAUGGUUGAAUUUGAUUGAUUUGUUGCACUAUGAACUCUAAAUGCAUAAAAGUUUCAAUGUAGACAAUUUAAAACAGAAGCCAAUUUCUUGCUUUGAUUUUUUUCUACAUCAGCUGCGACAUGUUUGUGUGUUAGUAAAAUGUUUUAGUUGAGUCAUCCUGUUGACUUCAUUCUUUUGGUAUUUUAAUAAACUGAAUAGUAGAUGUUCAGUGAAGAAAUCUUUUUUUUUUUUAGCUCUUUUGAAAGUAGCCACAAUGAAAAUUUGUUUUGGUUUCUCUUUAUCUUCAAGGACAAUGUAGCACUAGUUUGUGUUUUUUCUUUUUCUUUUUUUUUUUUAAAGAUGUUCUUCUAAUAAAUGUGUUCAGUCCUACA